AUGUACCCGUCGACUCUCCCAUAUACUCAGGUGCGGGACUUUGCAUACCCAGUCACGCACCCGUUGCACUAUGGUCCGCCACCAGAGCCCUCGGGUCCGCCCUCGGGCAUGACAACCCCGGCAAGCGAGCAUCGCAGACUAUCAGACCCUCCGGCCUCUUGGGAACAAAAGAUGCCCUGGGAUUCAUGGGGCACCGAUGCAUACAACCGUGGCCAUGAGCUUGCUCCCAUUCAAUUCGGAGAUGGUCCCCCGUGGAGCGAGGAUGAAGACCUACAAAGCCCCGUCGUCGCUACACGACACCGCAAACACAAGUCGACCUCGGCAGCUGCGGCAUUAAGGGGAAGGACUCGCGAGGUUGAUCUGCACCCGUCCAACUUUGAUCAUGAGCGGGGUUAUUACGUGGGAACCGGUGGGGAUGGCAGCGAGAGAUAUUAUGUGAACAACGGCGGCGAGGCCAACGGCCCUGGUGGAGAGUAUGUCACUUAUCCGCCGGACCAGGCACGACACAGCCGGGCAUAUCAUAUUGCCCAGCAGCCCCGUCCUGCCGACGGCGGUGAGUAUUAUCAGCCCGGGUCAGAUGCUUCCAGCCCCCCAUCGUCCCCAGGAUACAAUGAAGAGGAUCAGUCUCGCUAUUCACGAGAUUAUCAGUUUACCAUUACAUCGCCGGACGAGGAGUUCCACGGCAAGGCCGUCGCCUUGUUCGACUUCGAGCGGGAGAACGAAAACGAGCUGCCCCUGGUAGAGGGCCAAAUCAUCUGGGUCUCGUACCGGCACGGGCAGGGCUGGCUGGUGGCCGAGGACCCGAAGACGCAGGAGAGCGGCCUGGUGCCCGAGGAAUACGUCCGACUCCUUCGAGACAUUGAGGGUGGAAUGAACAGCCUGACGGGCCAGCUUGUGGAGGGAAACGGCUCCCCAAACGAUGUGGGCACGCCUACUCAAGCGGAGCAUAGCGGUCAAUAUGGCCACACUCCAUCUUCCAGCAAUGCGACUAACGGGUACCAUCAGCCUAUCGUGUCGAUGUUCUCGACCUCGAGCAGAGACCUUGACCCGUAUCCGACCCAGCAGCUGGGACUACACUCAGGACAAGCACCUCCUCAGGUCAUCCACUACCACGGGCAGCGAGGAGGGAGCCAGGCAAACACCCCAACAAUGGCUCAGACCCAAGACGUGGGGAUGCUGAGGAGGGAGAGCCACGACUCUGGGAGGCAGAGAGACUCUACCUCCACGCCGGUACAAGCCAAACCGCCGAUGGAGCUGCCGGAGCCAGGGGGCGUUGAGGAAGCCGCGGAGAAGGAGAACGAGAGGUGA